UCGGUUGCCGUGGUGACGGAGUCCCCUGGAAUCUGGUGCCUGCCUGUCAAUCACCCGGGACGAGCAGGAAGGCGGCCGCCGGCGCUGCGGAGAUGGCCGAGGUGCACAAUCUUCAGGAGUUACAGCCGAGCGCCUCGUUGGCAACGAAGGUCUUCAUCCAGCGAGACUACACAGAUGGCAUCCUGUGCCAGUUUCAAACCAAGUUCCCUCCAGAGUUGGAGAGCCGGGUUGAAAGACACUACUUUGAAGAAACAGUGAAGACCUUAAACAAUUAUUAUGCUGAGGCAGAGAAAAUUGGGGGAACGUCCUACUUUGAAGGCUGCCUGGCUUGUAUUACUGCCUAUGUCAUCUUCAUAUGUAUGGAGACCCGAUAUGAAAAGGUUUUGAAGAAGAUUUCCAAGUACAUUCAGGAACAGAAUGAGAAAAUCUACGCCCCCCGAGGAUUGUUGGUCACAGAUCCUAUCGAGCGUGGGCUGCGAGUUGUACCCUUUCACAGAUCUCUUUCGGGUUUGAUUCCCUGGGGGCGAAUUCAACUCCUGAUGGCGCCUCGACAGAUUGAGAUCGCAAUCUAUGAAGACAGAUGCAGCAGCGGGAGCAGCAGUAGUGGCAGUGGGAGUAGCACAAGCAGCUGCAGCAGGGGCUGACGUUGGAGAGUGAGACGGCCUUCACAAAAAAAAACUAGAGCUCGUUUUCUCUUUCUUAAAAAAAAAAAAUUACUCUUGCAAUAACGACAUUAACAACUUUAUUGUAUUUGAAACCAUUUCUGUACCACGAGUUCGGCCUGUCAUCAUCUACCUUGGGUUUUGAAGGAAGAAAACACAAGGCAAGUGAACCAAGAUUAUUGAUACCGUCCUGUUGAAUAAGAGACUUUGAUUUAACCCAGAAUGGAAUGUCGGAGAUGACAAUGUAUUAAGAAUGUUUGUAAUGUAAAUAUUGUUAGUUAACAAU